CUCAUCAGUCAUUAGGAGGGUAUGUAUCAGCCCCCAUCCCCUAUUGGACGAUGUCCUGCAUAGAAGGCGUAUUUAAUAUGUAUGACGGAGGCUUAGGCUCGAAAAGUCCUAGGUGUAACCUUUCUUCUAGGCGGUAUUUACCGACCUUGAGGGUUACCACUGGGGGUAGCCGUUGGAGGUAUAACCUCUGCGGUCAUCAUGCAAUAACUCGAACAAUCUUCACACCAUCAUCUACUUAUUGCCUCAGCGAUUUUACCACCGGCUACUCAAAUUUCUCGACUACACAUCACCAUCAUCAACUUCUCGAAUUCAUUCAAAACAUAAUGGAACACAUUUUCGCUGUAUCGACUCGCAAUGUUGACCCAGCCCGGCUUUCAGGGGAGCUCAAGAGCAUAUUUGGCCGCGGAGGCUUUCGCAUUGAAAUGCGACAUAGCACGUAUAGGGUAUACGCGAACCAUCAAUUGACGGAGAAUGGUUAUUCUCAGCUUCACAAGUACAUCUAUUAAAAGCUUGUCGGUACAAACCCUUAUGAGGGGUUCGGUGAUAUGAUGAGACAUUUGGGUUUCAAGUUUUCUGCUUUUAUGGUUGCUUAGAGAAGACUUCCUACAAUGGUGCUUGGACGCCUCUUAUCAGUUCUUGAGGAUCCUCAUGAAAGUCAGGUCGUCUCUAGAUUGAGCUUGGAAAGAGAUGGAUGACACUGACUGAGGAAACUGCUUUUAAUAAUGGACGAUCUUUUAAUGCGACUUGUAUUCAGCUUUGAUUAGCUUCAUUUUCAUUUUAUUUACCUAGACGGUUAUAGACGUAUUUCCUCUUUGA